UAAAAAAAUCUUGAAAUAUUAGUUAAAACUUCUUACUAAUAAUUGAGGUUAUAAAAUGCAAAUUAAUUUUUUUUAGUGAAAAUGAAAUCUAUAAAAUUAAAGCGGGAGAGUAUGCGACGAAAAGAAAAAUAGAAAAGGAUCGAGAUAUAGAAUGUCCACGUGAUAAUGCACGCAUACCUAUAAGUUAUGUGUACAAUUAGGUACAAUGUGAAAUGUUAUUUUCCGUCAUCCGAAACAUUUGGUUAGACACACUUUUACGAUAGUUUCACCAGCUGUCAGCCAUCGAUUGUAAGGACAUUUUGUUACACUUGAAAAUACACAUUAACAAAAUUCUAUUUUUUUCUAUUCAAUAUUACAUUGUUGAAAUAAACUGAUUAUACAGAGCUUUAAUCACUACUGGCCACAAAAUGUCACAACUAAACACUGAUGGUGCCCAUAAUGGCACGUCGAUGUCUGGAGAAACUCCGGUUUCAACAGCCCAGGUGCAUGAAGAACCUCGUCCAGGUCAUUCUGGUUCUCAUACAAUAGUUAGAUCACCGCCACCAACGAUUACUGUUGAAGAAUUAGCACCUCCGAAACCUGAUUUUUCAGCACCUCCACCAUAUGAGUUGGCAACUAAAUUGCCUAGUUAUGAAGAAGUACAAAGAGAAAAAACGUUGCAAGGAGAAACAACACCUCAUCCACAAAUUCACCUAGGUGGUAUUUCUGCUCCCCAGCCGCUGACUAUUUUGGCUAUAGAUCCCAGUGCUACAGAAGGAGAUGCUGAAAGUGGAUUACUCGGAACAGAUUUUACAUUUUUCACAGCAUUUUUACUGGCAUUGUUCUUUAAUUGGAUCGGAUUCCUUUUAUCAAUGUGUUUCUGUCACACAAUUGCUGCUCGGUACGGAGCACUCGCCGGAUUCGGAUUAUCUCUUACCAAAUGGACAUUAAUAGUGAAACAUUCUACAGAUUUGGCAUCACGAGCUAAUUUCUGGCUAUGGUGGCUCAUUAUGGCUCUUGGUAUUCUUAUUUGCAUACGUGCAAUCACUCAGUACUUGAAUAUCAAACGUGGAUGGAAAUUAUUAUCUGGCAGUGCUCAAGAACGUCUGCUCUUUUUUUAUUAAAAAAAGGCUAAAAUUGAAUUUGGAAAUAAUUGAUAAUAGAGCAUUUUGGCAUUUCUAUUUGGGAUCGUAUAUUGCACGAUAUAAUAUAAAAUCACAUAUAAACAAUGUUACUUUAUAUAGAUUGUCUACAAUUACUGUAUAAACUAGACGCAGAAAAGUCGUAAAAACAGAUCAAUUCAGAUUCAAAUACUAAGAAGAAAGAGAAAAAAAAUUAAAAACCGGUUUUAAGAAACUAAAUGUAACGAUCCAGUAAGUGUAAUUCCUAAAUGAUUGGAUUAAGACUUACAUAAUGAUAAUGAUAAUUUUUAAAAAAUACGUUACAUUUUUGCUUUAAAAAUGCGUGCAAUAUUCAAAUUAUAUAAUUGUUAAACAUUUUCGUUUUUUAUUGAGUGAUUUUUACAAUAUAUAUAUGCAUCAUAGUAAACACUUUAAGACUUACUGCACGCGAUAUUUAUGCUCACCGUUUGAUAUAAUAAAUAAUUUCAAAAAAAUAAAAAAACAAUGACAAUUAUCCAAUCAGAAUGCGAAAUAUAUUUACAAUAGCUUCAAAAUAUUAAAAGUAUAAUUAUAAUAUGUCUAAAAAUCAUAAGACUAUUACCUUGUAUUUAAAAUGUCUUUUUUUAAUCAAAUUAUCAUUAUUAUAAUGAUAAAAUUAUUGG